AUUCAAACUAAUAAACACGACCCAGUAACUGGAAAUACCUUUGAAAUGGGGUUCUCAAGCAAGAUUUCUCUGUUCCUAUGCUUGGUGGGGUUAACUCUAGCUCAUGUUUCUCUAGCUCAAAACUCUAUCCAAGACUUUGUGAAUGCACACAAUGCGGCUCGUGCCGAAGUGGGUGUCGGUCCAAUUUCUUGGAACAAGACCCUUGCAGACUAUGCUCAGAAUUAUGGUAACAAGAGGAGGGACUGCGUGUUGGAGCAUUCAAUGGGGCCGUAUUCAGAGAACAUUGCUUCAGGCUGGAGUGGCUUUACAGCAUUAGAGGCUGUGAAGAUGUGGGUAGAUGAGAAGCCAUUCUAUGACUAUGAGACUAACAAGUGUGUGAAGGAAGAAUGCUUACAUUACACUCAGAUUAUCUGGCGAGACACGACAAGUCUGGGCUGUGCCAGGGUAAGGUGUGACAGUGGUGGUAUAUUUGUGACUUGUAACUAUUCUCCUCCGGGAAAUAACGAGGGGGAAAGGCCUUAUUAGGUCUUGUUCGGAUACCCAAGAAGACUCAAAUUUCCCGCUAAUUACGCUACCAAGCUACAAUAUAAGUUGAAUUUGUCAUUAUUCUCAAUGGCAUUCUUUUGUUUUUGGAAUUAGGCAUUAUUCUAUUCCCAAAUUUCUCAUAAUAAUUUUAUGUAGUCUUUUGUUUCUAACAGAAGUACUGUAAAUUCAAAAUAACCAUACAAGGCAAUCGAUCAUUUAUAUACGAAUUGCUAUAUUAUAUAGCAAAUUUGAAUGUGCCAUAGGAUGUGUCUUGAUCGAGGGCUGUAUAUAAAGGUUUUAGUUGUGUGGGCUACAUUACAAUGUUAGUGAGCUUUGACGUGAGUCCUUGUUGCCUUAUGAAUGUAGAUCUAAUAAUGUUACUUCUCAUUCUAAAUCUUGUUA